GCUGGCUUUUAAGAACGUUGUAAUAUCCCAAGGAGAAAACCGGAUACUGUGAAAACACCACAUGCAAUUUUUGUGUAUACUGCAGGAUCUCAUGGAACAAACCAACUUCCUUUGAACGGUCCGUCAAUCUCUAAGUGUACUGAUUCUCUAACUCGUGCCCCAUGGCGCCAAGAAAAGGAAAACAACAACAGGAGCAGGUACAGGUUUCACUUGGUCCUCAAGUGAGGGAAGGUGAAAUCGUGUUUGGAGUCGCCCAUAUUUUUGCCAGUUUUAAUGACACAUUUGUACAUGUGACAGAUUUGUCUGGGAAAGAAACAAUUGCCAGAGUGACUGGUGGCAUGAAGGUAAAAGCCGACAGAGAUGAGGCAUCACCCUACGCUGCGAUGUUGGCUGCUCAGGAUGUGGCUGAAAAGUGCAAAAGUCUGGGAAUAACCGCUCUUCAUAUCAAAUUGAGAGCUACUGGUGGCAACAAAACAAAAACUCCUGGUCCUGGAGCACAGUCUGCCUUGCGAGCUCUUGCACGUUCUAACAUGAAAAUUGGGCGGAUCGAAGAUGUAACACCUAUUCCAUCUGAUUCAACAAGAAGGAAGGGAGGUCGUCGUGGUAGGCGAUUGUAAUUACCAGGAAUUUUUGUUUAUUGUUUGGUUGUUCACAUAUGAAUAAAUUUUCUUGGUAAUUUU